AAACUUUCAGUUUCAUUAUCCUUGUGUGUACUAAGCUCGUAACACACUUGCACACUUCAUUCACAAUUUUGUGUUAAACGUAAAAACAACAAUAACAUUGGAGUUAAACGGAGAAAUUCUGCAGUCUGGUUACGAAAAAUUAUUUUGAAUUUCUUUUUUUCUUAGUGCUUUCCAUAUACGGCCUUUCGUUUCCUCUGUUUUGAUUGAUUGAUAUGUCAUUGUCAGAAUGUGGAAGUGUCAUAAAUGUGGAAAACCCGUUUAUUUCGCUGAAAGGAAGCAGUCAUUAGGAUACGACUGGCAUCCAGAAUGUCUGAGAUGUGAAGAAUGUGGUAAAAGACUGAAUCCUGGACAGCAUGCCGAACACAAAGGUGUACCAUAUUGCCAUGUUCCUUGCUAUGGUGCUCUAUUUGGGCCACAACUAUUUGGUCAUGGUACCAGAGUAGAGUCUCACACAAGUUUCGGUAAAGUUGAAAACCGCACAGGCAUACCAAAUUUACCAAGGUCCCAUUUGGAAUCAAAGCUGAAACUAUUUAAUCAAUACUAUGAAGGCAAAAGUGGCAAAGUUCACUGCAGAGAGGUUAAUGGCCGGUUGGUUCUGGAGGGUGCCUUAAGGAUCUACUGGGGAGUUGUAGGAGUUAUCCAUCUGAAAGAAGAAUAUGAUCAAAGAACAGUUGUUACUGUAAGGAAGCGUAAUUCAUAUAGAUACAGCAAUGGUACCAAUUUAAAUAGGUAUUACAAUGGCAAAAGCAAAGGUGCUGUUCCUGUUGGAGGAAGCUCUGCAUCCUGCAGCAGCUCCUCAACAAGUUCUCCUAUCAGUUCGCCAAUGAGUUCUCCCAUGAGCUCUCCUCAUGAUUCUCCUACGCAUUCCUCUAAGGCAUCAUCUGACUCAACUCCAAGUACAGCAUUGUUUGAGUAUAAAAGUAGUACUCUUCCUGCCAAACUGGACCUUAAAAAUAUUGACUGGGAUGAGUUGGAUGAUCUCCUUCAGGUGGAAAGACGAGUAGAAGAUGGAGAAAAACUUUACCAGACCAUGCCUGUUGGGCUUCAUUCAGUGUCCUCUCCAGAACCCUUUGAAUCCAGUUCAUCAUCCACCCCGCGAGCUCCCCUUACUGCUCAGUCUAGUACUGAAUCAUCGGAGUUGCCUCUCGAUAUUGUGGACAGCCAUGAUGAAUCUCCUGGAAGUUCCAAUUCAAUACCGAAAGGAGUUAACAAUGAAGAAAAUAUUGAGAAAGCUGACUCUUCCAAAGUUGAGAAUCACUUAAAUCCAUCAGCCAAUAAAUUUGAUGAUGAUGAUGACAAUACUGAUUCUUACUCAAAAUGUUUUGAAGAAAAUUUAGAAUCUGAAAAACGGAUGUCGAGAUCUCAGAGUAUGCCCCCUGAUUACAAUGGAGAUGGUGACGUCUGGGCUGAUGAUGAUGCUGAUGAUGAUGAAUCAGAUAUGAAUGACCACCCAUUAGAUCGUUCCAUCAGUGUUCCUGAAACUGCCCGUAGUAGUAGCAGCAGCGGAUUGGGUGACUCUUGUGGUAGUGAUAAUCAGUGUCGAAGAAAAGCUGCCAAAACUGGAUCUGCUGCUAUUCGACGGCGCCCAGGUCGACGACGCUCUCGAACUAAACUCAGGAGAAGAUGCUCCAUCAAUGGCCAUUUUUAUGAUAGGGAGACAAGUUUCUUUACUCCUCCUCACGGUAGCAGCACAAGUGUCUGGGUAACAUCACUGGUUUCCACGCAAGAAGUAGUAAAUCUAAUGCUGGACAAAUAUAGAGUGGAUAGCAAGCCUGAUAAUUUUGCACUCUUUGUUGUUUAUGAUAACGGAGAACAAAGACGAUUACGUGAGGACGAAUAUCCAUUAGUAACUCGAAUUCUACUUGGACCUCAUGAGGAUGUUGCCAGGAUUUUUAUUGUUGAUCGGCAUAGUACAUGUGAAGUGAGCAAUGAAGUGGCCCAGUUUUUAAAUCUGUCUGUCACUGAAUGCUCAGCAAUCUUGGAGGGUUAUCAGAGAGAAGAAGACCGUCAAGUUCAAGCUGUUCAACUAAGGUACAAGGAACUUCAAAAACGAAUUAAACAGAGGAUGGAAGAGUUAAAAGUGCGCCUAUGAUGUAUAAAUUUUCCUGCUUAUCCCCAUGUCCGUGCAUGGUCCCCAAGAAGUAGUAAGUUUUGUUUUAAUGCUUCUGUUUCUAGCUUUGACAUCAUACAUUUUUGCUUUUGGUGUGUAUAUUUAGUAGCACAUAUUUGUAUUUUCCUGACAUUCUGUUCUGUUAAAAUUUAACCAAACAAGCUUUGCUAGAAAACUAUACACUAUUACAGUUCUCAAGAGACAUUUAACUAAGCAAGGGAGCAUUUAUUGUACUCAUUGUUAUGUCGGUUUGAAGUCUUUCCCAUAUUAUUUUGUCUGUCUGUGAUGAUUAUUAAAGUCAAAACAACUGAUAAAGUUUAAGAUUUUGGAGGUUUAUUAAAUGUUCUCUAAAUAGUUUUAGUUUAUCAACAAGGUUUUACUGAACGUUCAGCAAUAUGCUGAGAAUGUGGGGCAGCCACAUUUAUAAUUAUAUGGAAGUGAUCAUGCACACCUUUUGAAUGUGGCAUUUACCUCUGCAUUUAUAUCGAAUUGUGAAUUUAUUGUUCAUCAGAAUGUGUGAACGGUUUGGAGGAAUAGUCUUAUGCUCUUUUCAAAUUAGUCCAGUUUGGUGAGUGAAGCAAGAUAGUCUCAAUUUAGUUACCAAACCGACUGUUCUUGUUCUUCCAAGUUAAAAGUAGUAGAUAUAUAAUUUUAUUAGUGUUUGUCAUAGUUUUAAACUGCUCUCUGUAUUUUUCCUUGCAGAUGUUAGUCUGCAAUCAUUGACACUUUGUAUUCAGACUUAAGAUCUGAAUCGGUAUUUGAACAAAUUUAUCUUCUGUAGAAGACCGAAGUGUGUAAUCAAUUUUUUUUAAAUCAACUUUUAUAUCACUAUUUAUGUAGCUUUGUACGGAAAAAUUCAGAAAAAAUGUAAUAAUGAAUUUGUUUCUGGUCACAUUUGAUUUGACAGUUAAGAUAAAAGCUUCUAACAUUUGGUUCAAUACCACUUUACUACUAUAGCUUGUGUUUCAGCUGAAGGAGUGUGAAAUAAGUAUAUUUCAAGAUGCUUUGAUUUAUUUCUGCUGCCAUAUUGAUGAUUUGGUUGAAAGCAAAACGUUAACAUCGAUAUUCAGUUUGAGGGGGCUUUUCAGUUUAACCAUGUGAAAAAAGCUGAUUUUAUGGGUCUUUUAUCAAAACCUACUAAAAAAUUGUGAUCUGUGUAUAUUCUUUGAAUUGCAUUGCUUUUUUCUUUUACAUCCAAAUAUUUUUAAGUACACCUUCAUUGUAUGCAAAUAAAUAUCCCAAUUCUGAA